AAAACUAGAACAAAUGACAUAUUUGCCACCUGCGGUCUUAGAAAACAAUGAGGUUUUAUGCUCUAGCUGGUUCAAUAACUUUUUAUGUGUUAUUUAUCUGUACAUCAGAUAUAGAGAGCAUGAGGACGCUGAAAAGUGUAACUGUAAAACAUGGAGGAUCGGUCACUAUUCCAUGUCAUUAUAAGGAGCAAUACAAAACAAACUCCAAAUUCUGGUGCAAAGGAUAUUACUUGUCUACCUGCAGUGUAGUAGCUUAUUCAAAUACACAUGGAAGUACAUCAGUCACUGAUUAUCCAGCGCAGAAUAUGUUUACAGUGAAAAUUAACCCCGUUGUCUCUGAUUCUGGAAUGUAUUGGUGCGCAGCAGAAAUUGGUAGUAACUGGGACCCGGAUGACCGUGAUUAUAUGUACCUGACAGUUAGUGAAGAUCUUGAUCUCUCUGUAUUAAAGAACAGAGUAAGCGGUGCAGAAGGUGGAAGUGUCACAGUCCAUUGUCUCUACAGUGCUGCGUAUAGGAAUACACAGAAGAAAUGGUGCAGAUUUAGUGACAGGUGCUGCAACACAGUGGGGAUGACUGCUUCAUCCGAGAAUUCAGCAGUGCACAUAAGUAAUAAUGGGAGUUUAUUUAGUGUGGAGAUAAGAGGACUGAAGAAGAGUGAUGCUGGCUGGUACUGGUGCAGUGCAGGAGAUCUGCAGGUUCCUGUUCACAUCAGUGUCAGUGGUAAUGGAACUCCAGACUCUGAAAGUUCUGGAGAACCCACAGAUUUCUGCAGUAAAGAAACCAUGUGA